UCCACCCGCUCCUCUCCGUCGCCGCCGCCGCGGCCGCCCUUCACCUUCCUCCUCUCCCUCGCGCCUCCGCUCUCCUUCCUCUUCUGGGUUGCUGCGACAGCGGCAAAGGCGAGGGCGGCACGUGGACCUCCCCGCGCUCCGGCGACCCCUGAGACUCUCCGCAGUCGGCGCGGCUUACCGUCCGGCCUGCACGACGACGACGACUUGACGUCCCGCACGCCGGUCUCGGAGAGCGCUGAAAUAAGCGAAUGGGCGAGGUAAUGGCAGCACGGGACAGAGGCGGCGCUAAUGGGGACGACGGCGAGACGGUUGCACGUUGGCGAGCGGAGGAGGCUGUCGCCGGGAACCGCAUGGCCCUUCAGGCUCUCCGGGAGCUCGUGAUUUAUCCCUUCCUCUACGCUCGCCAGUCCCGCCUGCUCGGGCUUAAGUGGCCCAGAGGAUUGCUGCUCUACGGCCCCCCUGGCACAGGAAAGACAAGCCUGGUUCAAGCCAUGGUUCGAGAAUGCAAUGCCCAUCUGACAAUGAUCAACCCGUAUUCUGUCCAUAAAGCUCAUGCUGGAGAGGGCGAGAAGUUCCUGCGUGAAGCUUUCUCUGAAUCCUACUCCCAGGCGUCACAGGGCAGACCAGCCAUUAUUUUCAUCGAUGAAUUGGAUGCUAUAUGUCCACGCCGUAACAGUAGGAGAGAGCAAGAGUCCCGCAUUGUUGGUCAGCUGCUAACUCUGAUGGAUGGAAAUAAGAAAUCGUCGAAGAAGCUUCCUCAUGUAGUCGUUGUUGCGUCAACAAACAGGGUGGAUGCCAUCGAUCCAGCAUUGAGGAGGCCAGGACGUUUUGACUCAGAGAUUGAGGUCACUGUUCCUACGUUAGAAGAAAGGCUGCAGAUUCUUAAGCUUUAUUCCAAGAAUCUGCAUCUUGAUGAAAGUGUUGAUCUUCAAAUUAUUGCUGGAUGGUGCAAUGGUUAUGUUGGGGCUGAUCUAGAAGCUCUAUGUCGAGAAGCUGCCAGACUUGCUUACCGUAGAUUGUCAAACUCAUCCGAGGAUGGGAAGGUGCUCACACUACUCAUGGAAGAUUGGGAGUCUGCUAGAUCUCAGGUCAAAGCAAGCAUGAUAAGAGGGGUAACUAAAGAAGCUCCAACUGUUUCAUGGGAUGAUAUAGGAGGUUUGAAAGAUCUGAAGAAAAAGCUCCAGCAAGCUGUUGAGUGGCCCAUCAAGCAUGCUGCUGCAUUUGCAAGACUGGGGAUAUCACCAGUUCGUGGUGUGCUUUUGCAUGGUCCUCCAGGGUGCUCAAAGACCACCCUUGCCAAGGCUGCAGCACAUGCAGCCCAAGCUUCUUUCUUUUCUUUGAGUGGUGCAGAACUAUACUCGAAGUAUGUUGGAGAAGGUGAAGCUUUGUUGCGAAGAACAUUUCAGAGGGCAAGGCUAUCUUCUCCAAGCAUUAUAUUUUUUGAUGAGGCUGAUGCAAUUGCUCCUAAAAGAACCGGUCCUAGUGGGGACACUGGCAAUGCCACGGUAGGAGAAAGACUCCUAUCAACUUUGUUGACUGAAAUGGAUGGUUUAGAACUGGCUACGGGGAUUAUUGUUUUGGCCGCUACUAACCGCCCCAAGGCAAUCGAUGCAGCUCUUCUCCGCCCAGGGCGCUUUGAUAUGGUGUUGUACGUUCCACCGCCAGAUGCACAAGGCAGGCAAGAGAUAUUACGCAUCCAUACACGGAAGAUGAAGCUGGGGGAGGAUGUGGACGUUGGGGAGAUAGCGGAGCGCACCGAGCUGUUCACUGGUGCUGAUCUCGAAGGCCUGUGCAGGGAAGCAGGAAUGGCGGCACUGAGGGCAGACCUGUCAGCCAGUUCGAUACACAAGGCUCACUUCGAGGCCGCAAUAAGGUCGCUAAGGCCGUCGCUGACGAAAGCAGAAGUUGACGAGUACGCAGCUGCCGCCAUACAUGGCCCAUCAGCUAGGAAACAUUAGACCAUGAUGAGGAAACAUUAGACUAUGAUGUAUCUAUUGAGCUUUUGUUCAAGUUCGUGUUACACAAGCAUUUUAGACCAGUCAACCCUUGGAUAACACAAGCAUUUUAGACCAGUCAACCCUUGGAUAACACAAGCAUCAUGAUACAUUUGUGUGGUUCUUUCUUUUUUUUAAUGAAAAAUGAGAAUUCGAGUGA